AUGAGUGUGCCUUAUACCAACACAGAGCUGAUCGGCGCGACCAAAUCUAGCACCUCGGCAGCUGCUAGCCCCUUCGUCAUUGCCGUGCAGCUGGCACACAUUUCGGUCUUUCCAGACGUAGUAAACGCUUGUCUGCUAGUCUUCGUGAUCAGCGCAGCAGACAGCGACAUAUACGUCGGCUCGCGGACACUUUACGGCCUGGCACGCGAUGGACAGGCCCCUCGUAUCUUUCAGUGCACCAACACCAAGGGUGUGCCGCUUUGGGGCAUUGGCCUAACCAGUCUGUUCACGACGCUCGCUUACAUGAACGUCACUGAAGACUCUUCUACAGUUUUUGGGUAUCUAAUCAGCUUAGUUACUGUAUUUGGUCUUUUUAUCUCCAAAGGCUGGAGCACAUCAUGCCCCAGUCGAUGUUGA